UCCACCAGCUGCUUCUGUGCCAUCAAUGAUAUGAGUUCCGAGCUGCAUACAACAGAAUCAAAGAACAGAGAAAUGGAACUGGAGUUGACCAACAUUAGGAAAAAACAAACUGCUGCACUGGUGCUGGAAAAGCAGAGGAGUAAGGAUCUUAAAAAAAAAACAAAGGAACAUCUUGAGGUAGAAAGAGCCAAGGCUGAGAGCCGAUCCCAGAACUUGAAGUUCAUGAAAGACAAAUCUGAGAAUUUCAAAAUCAAGAUUAAGGCUGCUGAGGAGCAGCUUGCUGCCACAGAGUUGGAUCAGUCAUUGACACAUCGGUCACUAGUGAGCAUGUUUGAGGUAGGUCUGUUGGUACAAGACAUAUGUUUCUACAGCAACCCAUGUUGCAAAUGGAGUGGAUAUUCUGUGGAAUAUAUCUCAUUACAUGGCUGUCUGUGUAUUGCAAUUACUAAAUUACCCAG